AUGAAUUUUGGUUGGCGCAUUUCACUUGCUGGCAUUGGCGCUCUUCUUGCACUUCUUGUUGCAUUUGGACUUAUGAUAAAGGAUUUGGAGUGGCCACACGAUACCAUAGAAUAUAAGAAGAAAAAAUUUAUUGAAAAAACUGAACGUGAACGGUUACUUAUGGGUUUGCGUAAUGCCGGCGAUGAAUCCAGUGUCUUUACUGUGAGUACCUAG